AUGGCGACGAGGCCGAGCAAGGAGGAGAUUGCCGCGGCGGUGGAGAAGGUGUUCGAGGAGGCCGUGGCGAUGCUCUCGGAGCUGGUGGCCAUCGACAGCACCCUCAACCACGAAACCGCCGCGGUGGCCUUCAUGGAGGCCCGGUUCAAGGAGGCCGGCCUGGCCACCGACCGCUUCCCCGUCGUGCUCGACGACCUGCGGUCCCUCCCCGGCUUCUCCCCCGUCGACUGGUCCUACGAGGGCAAGGAGUGCGUCGUCGGCGUCCACCGCCCUCGCCUUCCACCCCAAGGGAAGAGUCUGAUCCUGAAUGGGCACCUGGACGUGGUGCCGACGGGACCUGCGGACAUGUGGACGGGCGGUCCGUUCAAGGUGCGCGUGGCGGACGGCCGGCUCUACGGCCGCGGCUCCGGCGACAUGAAGGCCGGCAUCAUCGCCUACUACAUGGCUUUCCGCGCGCUGCGCUCUAUCGGUUUCGUGCCGGCUGCCGAGGUGAUCAUGCAGGCCGUCGUGGAGGAGGAAAUCACCGGCAAUGGUGCCCUCGCCUGCUGCGCCCGGGGCUACAAGGCCGACGCGGCCAUCAUUCCGGAACCCUUCGCGGGCACCAUCCUGACUGCGCAGCUGGGCGUGAUGUGGCUGCAGAUCUCCGUGCGCGGUCGGCCUGCCCACGUCCUCAACACCAGCGCGGGUAUCAACGGAAUCGAGGCGGCGUACUACCUCUACGACGCCCUGCGGAAGGUUGAGGCGAAGUGGAACACCGAGGAGGAGCGCAAGGCCUGCCCGCAGUCCAAGCCCUACGACUCCAACCCGCACCCCAUCAACUUCAACCUCGGCGUCAUCCACGGCGGCGAGUGGGCAUCGAGCGUCCCCACGGAGUGCAAGUUUGAGGCGCGCGUGGGUCUGUUCCCGGGCAAGAAGCUGGAGGCGGCGCGCAAGGAGGUCGAGGAGGCGGUGGCGGCGGCCGCCCAGGCCAAGGACAUCCACUACAACCUCACCUGGACCGGCUUCCAGGCCGAGGGCUGUCUCAUGGACCCCAGCGGCGACAUGAUGCAGAGGCUUGGGCAAGCGCACAAGGCGGUGAGCGGGAAGGAGCCCGUGUACAGCCCCGUGACGUGCACCACAGACGUUCGCUUCUUCGAGCUCUACUACGGCAUUCCCGCCACCUGCUACGGACCCGAGGCCACCAACAUUCACGGUAUCGAUGAGUCGGUGAGCUUGGACAGCGUGAAGGAGGUCAUGAAGACCCUGGCCGUGUUCAUGGCCGAUUGGUGUGGUCUCGAGCCGAUUGCCGAUAACUGA